AUGUCUCUCACGCUUAAGGUUACCUCUCUCUUCGUCAGGACACUGGCCAAGCCAAUGGCUAAUGCCAUCAAACGCAAUGCCCACGAACACGAGCGAUUCCGAAAAAUAUGCGUUAGCUUCGCGCAAAGACUGCAUCGAAUAGAUAUGCACAUGCGUCUCGGCCUGCUCCAAGACCCCGCCGUUAUCGACCGCCAAAUCAAGAAAGAAGUUGCAGCGGCAGAAGCAGCACGAAGACUAGCUGCAACACCCACAGUCAAAACGGAGGCAGAGAUGAAGGCAGAAGAGGCCAUGACGGAGAAAGAGAGAGCAGAUAUCAAGAAAAAGGCGGAAGAAAGAACGAGGCCGCGGAUACGGCCUCUAUCGGAACAGAAGGCGAUCGAGACGGGCGCAAACUUCGUGGCCGAAACGUUUAUUUUCGCUGUUGGGAUAGGUGUCAUUCUGGUCGAGCAAUGGCGGCAAAGAAGGAAAGCGAGGAAUGCGCGAGACGACAUUCGAGAAGACUUGGACGAGAUGCAAAAUGAGUUGAAAGCUGUCAAGGCAGAGUUGGAGGAGUUCAAGGUGAAGCAUCCUGAACCUACGCCGUCAGGGAAGCUGCUAGGCUUCUGGCGAGGGAACGGCAAGACAGAAGAAAAGAGGGCGGAG